GACCCCGGGCAGGAAGUGCUGCUGUGUUUUGGCUGCACAUGGUUUUGUACAGUAUGGAUGAGCACGUCGAGCUGCUGUUUGGUUGUUACGAGCAGAUAUUGUUUGGAUACCGAGUGACCCCGGAUGGAGAGCAAUGGACAGCCACAGUAGAUUUCAUCAAUCAUUCCCACACAGCCUCCUUAUCUGUGGUAGCCGUAAAUAACAGAUUUGUAGCCACUGGAAGCAAAGAUGAGACAAUUCAUAUCUAUGAUAUAAAGAAGAAGGUUGAACAUGGUUCCCUACUACAUCACAAUGAUCCGUGUAUCCUGUCGACUUCUUCAGGUUCAGUGGACUACGAUGAGCCGCAUUUUUUUGAAAUAUAAGUUUUUUUUAAACGUGUUGUAUUUUUUACAUUUUUUUAUUUACUUUACAGGCUUAGUAGUGGAAGU